AUGGUUGGCUUCAGCACAGCGCGGGCCCGGUCGUACGCCUUCCGGCUCCCGCUGUUCACGAGACUUGCGGCGGUGAUCAUUGUCGCCGCCUGGGUCGUGGGCGUGCAGAGUGUUUGGGACCUCAGGGCGUGGGGUGCGCUCGUGCCGGAUAAGCUCAACCUUGGGACGAUGUAUCGCACGAACACAUACCCAUUCAUACACGUGAACUUCUUUCAUGCCCUCAUGAACGUCAUCGCAAUAGUGCCGCUACUGGAGAGGUUCGAGGCAGAAUAUGGGACGCUGACGUCGCUGGCGCUUUUCUUUGGCCCGUUCUCAACCAUACCAGCAAUCGCAUAUGUUCUGAUUGAGAGGGGGAUACUACGGGCUAAUAACACAGUAAUGGGAGCAAGCAUAUGGGUGUUUCUUCUCCUCGGAAUGGAGGCCAUUAGGACGUACAAGACGAACCCUCACCUGGUCAUCGCAACCCAUCAUGUGCCCACCUGGACUACGCCGCUGGCGUUGUGCCUAGUCGUCUCGGCGCUGGUCCCAAAUACGACCCUGCUGGGACACUUGUGCGGGCUGGCCGUUGGUUACCUGAGUGGCUUGGGGUACAUCAAAUUCUUGUCGCCGCCGGAGAAGAUCCUGCGGUGGAUCGAGACUAAGCUCAACCUCCUGGGCCGUCUCCCCCACUACGUCAGCAUAGAUCAGAAGACAUACGGGAGCCUACGGCGGGAUCCCCGGAUCCUCAAGCUCCCACCUUACCUCUCGGUGCUGUGCAUAGUCGUCGGCAUCGUGUCUCUCCUGCUUCUCCCUCUCGAUAACUUCACAAGGAGGACUUAUAUAUCUGAAAACGCGCUCCUCCCGGGCCAGGUGCAUACCUACUUUGCCGGUAGCGAUCAGAAUGUCUUUCGGGCUUACAAACACGAGGUCAACAGCUUGGUUGACAAGAACAAUGUCGAGAUCAACGACAAGCUGGAGAGCAUCCUCAAGGGAGUAGGCCUCAAGGUUGGCCGGCAGAACUUCACUUACUCGUCGUCCGGCAUCCAGCACAGCGGCGAGAACAUCUACGCGAUCCUCCAGGCGCCUCGCGGUGAUGCAACCGAGGCAAUCGUGCUCGUGGCGGCUUGGCGCAACCCCAAGGGCGAGUUGAACCGAAAUGGAGUGGCCCUGGCCUUGACGCUUGCGCGCUACUUUCGGCGCUGGUCCCUCUGGUCCAAGGACAUCAUCUUCCUGCUGCCGCCGGACUCGCUGGCCGGACCCCAGGCCUGGGUCGACGCCUACCACGACGCGCACGACCCCCGCAAGGUCGCGGCGCUCUCGCUCAAGUCGGGCGCGCUACAGGGCGCACUGGCGCUGGACUACGCCCGCGAGGACCGAUACGAGAGUGUGCACCUGGUCUACGACGGCGUCAACGGCCAGCUGCCGAACCUGGACCUGUUCAACAGCCUCGUGCACGUCGCGGGCGGCCAGAUGGGCAUGGGCGUCUCCAUCCAAGAUAUGUGGGACCAUCGCAACGACUACCGUGAUCGGCUGCGGACCAUGCUGCGUGGGAUGAUGCGGCAGGGCCUCGGGGCCGCCACGGGCGCCCACUCGUGCUUCAUGCCGUACCACGUGGAUGCCGUCACGCUGGUGCCGUACGGCGACGGGUGGCAGGACGAGAUGGCUCUGGGCCGCGUCGUCGAGGGUACCUUUCGCAGCCUCAACAACCUGCUCGAGCACCUGCACCAAAGCUUCUUUUUCUACCUGCUAAUGCACAAGGAGCAUUUUGUCAGCAUAGGUACAUACCUGCCCAGCGCCAUGCUUCUAGGUGCCAACUUCACCAUCAUGUCCAUUCUCAUGUGGUUCAAGAGUGGGCAACACGAAGAGGAGUCUGAGGGUCAAGUGACCGCUGAUAGGACUGGAGCCUCGGUGUCAUCGGAACCGCUUCCUGUUGUUGAGCGCGAGCUUUUGGUUCCGCUGUCGGUGAUAGGCACAUGCUUGUUCCUCGGUGCUGUGCCUCUAUACAUUUUCAACCAUCUCUCUGCAGGUCUUUUAUAUCCAUCCUUCAUCGCCUUCUCAGCAAUCAACAUCUUCCUACCGCCCAUCGCCUCACAAGUCCUAGAGACGUUGUACCGUCCCACGGCCCAACAGUAUCAGCUCAUCAAGUGCUUCUACCUUCUGGUACUGGGCAUGUUCAUCUCGUCGCUCGCCAUCCUCAACUUCUCCCUCGCCUUUUGGAUCGGUCUCGUCGCCACGCCUCUGACGUUCACCCGGCCAUUUCCGACGUCGCCCGCCCUCCGCUGGGCCUACCUCGCCCUGCUUAACAUCGCCUCGCCGCCCGCCAUCUUUGCCGCCGCCUGCGCCGCCUGGCGUCUGGACGUCGCCGAGGUCUUGCAGGCCGCCGCUUUCGGUUGGGAUGUCUGGGGCAUGUACACCGCCCUCGUGGUCUGGUGCGUCUGGUGGCCCGCGUGGCUUGCUGGUUCGCUGGUCGUACUUGGAAGGCCGGCUGCUAAGGUCAAGACUGCCUAA